GACGUUCCGUGACGUAUUUGCUACGUAGGCUUUAUCAGGCGCCUUCCCGCGCGUGAGCUUCCCUGUUCUCCUUGUUCUUCAGAGGUUGCCGUCUGUGCUGUAUUACUUUCUAAUUCCCAGGAUUCGAAGUCACUGCCAUGUCUUCUGAAGAAGGGAAGCUCUUCGUCGGCGGGCUCAACUUCAAUACCGACGAGCAGGCGCUGGAAGACCACUUCAGCAGCUUCGGGCCUAUUUCUGAGGUGGUUGUUGUCAAGGACCGGGAAACUCAGCGAUCCCGGGGUUUUGGCUUCAUCACCUUUACCAAUCCAGAGCACGCCUCAGAUGCCAUGAGAGCCAUGAAUGGAGAGUCCCUGGAUGGUCGCCAGAUCCGUGUGGACCAUGCAGGCAAAUCUGCCCGGGGCACCAGAGGAGGAGGUGCUUUUGGGGCCCAUGGACGUGGUCGCAGCUACUCUAGAGGUGGUGGGGACCAGGGCUAUGGAAGUGGCAGGUAUGACAGUCGACCUGGAGGAUAUGGAUAUGGAUAUGGGCGCUCCAGAGACUAUAGUGGCAGAAGCCAGGGUGGUUAUGAUCGCUACUCAGGAGGGAAUUACAGAGACAAUUAUGACAACUGAGAGGCUUGUAGACAUGAAAUGCACAAGGAAUAACACUUCUCAUCCAGGAUCGUCCUUCCAAAUCACUGUAUAAAGAUUUUUGAAGCUGCGCUGAAAUUUGUUUAGUAUAUUACCUAUUUUUUAAUUGAGCUCCCAAGGUAUCUUGUUAAAGAUCUUUUAGAAAGCUCUUUAAUUCUUUAAUUUCCUCUUGUUAAAGACCUUUUAGAAAGCUCUUUAAUUCUUUAGUUUUCCCCCAUUUAAAAACAAACUUCUGGGACAUUUGUAGAGUAUGGGGAUUUUUCCUGUAUAAAGUUUUUAGGUUGGACUCUCAGGAUUGUUGUGUCUGGCAAAAAUAAAAAAAAAAAUUGCCAGACUGAUUUUUUUUUUUCAAUCAACAUGUAUCUGGGGUUCUUUUUAAAAUGUGCACAAUUCUUAGUCAUGACUAGAGAAUUUUUUAAAUGUACCUGUAAGCACCUCUGUAUCAAGAAUAUGAUUGCCUAGGGCAGUUUUUUAUUGAAGAUCCAUCAUGAUUAUCAAAGCUUCUUAAAAAUGUUUAUGAAUGUCAUUUUUUUUAAAUACUGGAAGAAAAAAAUAUUCUUUCGUGUCUCAUGUAGUGUUUAGGAUGUCCUUCAGAGCUGAUUAAAAAGAUGAAACCUGAA